CUUUCUCAUUCUCUUUCUCUUCUAUCUUUAUCUUAUCUUUUUCUUGCAUUCAAGAAUAGCUGAAAAAUGGUGGACCAAUAAAAAGAGUACAUAGCUUUUUCGUUACCAAUCUCUCUGAUUAGUGUCCCUCUAGUGACUUAAACUUUUAUCACACUCUCCGGGGUCGCGGGUUGCAGCCCUGUUUCGAGAUUGCGAUUCUCGCAGCCGCGAUUGCGAUAUUUGCGAUAAUCGGCGAGAGACUUACGUAGUGUUCGAUCGGACGUAUGUGGUGCGGAUUCCCGCGGUAUAAUUUUCUUACGAUACGAAGUCUUCCGAUUAUAAUUUCGCUCGAUUCAUUUCUUCCGACGAAUUCGGAAACUUGUCCGGCGUGAAUCUUCGAUGCUCGUUUAUCGUCCGCGAUACUUUUUUACGUUCAUGAGAUCGCGGUGGCGGCGACACGACAGUGUUUCCGAGGAGAAAGGGAUUGUGGCGGAGUUGUGUGAACCGAGAGGAAAGAUCUGAAUUCGGAGGCUUAUGCUUGGGACUAUGAAUUUUUUUCCUCGCUUUGCAACUUUUUUGCGGUAUUUCCGUUGAAACGAAAUGGCGGGAGAAGGAGCCGCGAUGCCGGCAAGUGAGAUGGCGUGGAAUGUUUCAGCAAUGAGUGACCUCUCACUGUAUUUUCUCCCUGCAUUCGCAUUAGAUGGCAGUAGCAUAAAUCAUUGAUCAAGAGAAUUCGAAAUCGAGGUUCGAGCUGUCCCAGAUCGGAGUGUCAUUAGACCCAACAAAUGCCGGAAAUGAUUAUCGGUUUAUCGGGGAUCCGUGCGCGAACGGCGAGUGCCAAGAAUUUGGUCAACGGAAACGAUAAGCGCGCGCGGGCUAUCAUCGGAGGAGUACGAGUACGUUCCUCCGCGUUCCGGCACUUCGCUAAGAAGAAGGGCAUCGUCGACGAGGAGAAGGGGGUCCGCGCGAGGUGGUACGGGCACCUUUCUCGCGCGCGCGGCGCUCACCGUGGAAUGGCAAAAAAGAGAGGAGACCCUGUGACGUCACGCGACUCGCGCGGCGGUGCCGCUAGCCUCUCACUUGGUCGCCGACGUUCGGCCCGCUCGGUUCAUCGUGCUCGUCGGCUCCGCGCGUUCGCCUCUCUCUCUCUCUCUCUUUCUCUAUCUCUCCCACGCGAUUCGCGAUCGUUACCUCGAUCUUUCACGUACGAUUAACGAUUUUUCGAGAGGAAGGAAGAAAGAAAAAAAAAAGAGAGGAGAAAGGAAUAGAAGCAGUUUGACCCUCGACUCCGGCGCGACGACCGGCGUCGCCGCGUUUCAGGGGUCAUUCGUACUCGAGCGCGAACGGGAGUGACAUCAACGGGGACGCGGCGCGGUUGUGCGUUUGACGCGGUGACACGGAUCCCCCCGGAUAGACCGCGAUAGUUCCGCAUCGCGCUUGGUGGUGAAGAGUUUUGUUUUUUUUCUUUUUUUACUUCUUGAUUUGUGCCACACGUCACUCUCUGGAUAUGAUACCGGAUGGAUUAAGCCGGCAUUGGGGAUUGGCCACGACCUGAGGAUGCGAGAUUGCGCGAAGGACGGAGGGGCGCGGACUGCUGGUGCUGCGAGGACACUGAGGUCUGCGACCGUCGCGGGAAAUGACCAUGACGAGCGUGGCUGUCGCCCCGGGUAGCCUCGGCGCACCGUCAGCUAUGCUCACCCCGAAAAUGUAUCAUCUGCAGCAGGGCCUGAACCCGACGUCCGGCUCGCCCAACUCCGGCAAGAGCUACGAUACUCUGAGCAAGGGCAAGAAGUCGUGGAGCGUGCGGCUGGGUCUGUCGCGGCAGCACCAGAACCCGGGGGAUGACCCCGGCAAGGGUGGCUGGGGCACCAUAAGCGGCAGCAGCGUGCUCUCUCGCCAGAUGAUCUACAGCGGCGAUCCUUGGCUGUACGGCACGGUCAGAUCGUCGCGGCACGACCCGCCACGACCAUUCCUUACACCGCCGCCGCCGCCGGGCGCGACGCCGUUGCUCGUGGUAUGUUCCUGCCCGGAGUUCCUCGCCGGCACCGUAAGGAAGCUCGGCAGCUGCCGCAAAUGCGGCGGCCACCGGAUAGCCGGUCUGCCCCUCGGAGGGACCUGCCGGCUACCGUCGACCUCCUCGAGGUCUCGGCCAAGCCUCGCCGGCGUGCUGAGGACCGCUAUCGACGAUCCGUACGACCAGAUGCGACGGAACCGGCUGGUGGAACCGAGAUCCCGGGCGCGCAGCAUCUCGCCGCACCGACCGUCCUCAUCGCAGCGAGACUCCAGGAGCCAGAGCAUGGUCCCGCGGGCCGUCGCGAAGGAACGGAAGGGCUCGACCGAGGGUACGUCGUUGCCGUCGUCCAGAUCCGAGUGGUUCGACAAGGAGCCGAGCGCGGUCGUGAGGUACGACGAUCGCAAAUCGCGACCCGGUUUCACCAACGGCGGUGGCGCGUCCUCGGACGAUUGGAUGCUGGACGGGGCUUCGGAGAAUCAUUCGCGAAUUCAUUCCGCCGCGACGACGUCCGCUAGCCGGCUGACUCACGUCGCGAAGAGGCCAACGAGGGAGCCAACGAGUCAGAGAAGGAUCAGCCAGGACGACUGGAAGAACAACGGCACGGCAACGCCAAUUGGCGCGGACUCGCGGAAAAGUAUCCUCGAGUGCGACGUGAAUCCGUAUCUGUUGCUGAAGAAGCAGAAGGACGAGGACGAUCUGAGCGACGAUCUGUCCGAUAAUGCAUUGGAGCAGGACGACCUCCGAACACGGUCGUCCAGCCUGUUCGAUUCGUCGAAAGUGAAGUCGAUCGAGAGGAUACCGAAUAGGAAUGCCGUAGCGGCGAUUGGAGGUCAACGGAUCAGAGUGUUCAACGAGCGGCCUAGACAAAUAUCGGACGACGACGAUGACGACGACGACGACGACGACGACCUGCCAACGCCGCCGGUCACGAGGAUCCCGAUACCGAAGGUGUCGCCAAAGAGACCGCCGCGGCGAUUGAAGGAGGCCCGGCAAACGCUGAAGAGCAUCCUGAAGCGCGGCCGUGUGAUCGAGAGCAAGAGAAAGAACGUGCUCUUCAACGUCGGCAACGUGAUAUUCGCGCCCGAGAAGCCGUCCGAGGCGACACGGCUCUCGUGGAGCAGGAUCGGCAGAAUCGCGGCCAAUUGCGGCAAGGAACAGCGGGAGAAUAACAGCCCUGAGCAGCCUAAAGAGGAGGAGACCGAGGCGCCAAUCGUGCCGCAGGAGCAACAGGAAAAACACAACUUCAUCACGAUCCCAAACAUCAAGGAUCCAAAGGUGGACAGAGUUAAGUACAAAGAGUCGAGGAUCGUGCCGGAAGUGAAGAAAAUCACGCCGCCCGGCCCCGACAGGAUCAAAAUAGACAAGUUCGUUCCGUCCAGGAAGUCUGAUCGUUCCGUGGCGUUCAAGAAGCAAGAGAAGAUCGGUAACGAGCCGCGAUUCUCGCUCGACAACUCGCUAUCCUCCUCGAAGAUCGGCGUUCCCAGAGACCAGAAGAGGAUAUUACCGGAGCAGAGGAGACUGUCGGACGAGAGAGCCGUCAGGCUCGAGGACGAGACCGAGCUGGAAAUUGAGAUCGAAGAGCUGAAGGACCGGCUGCCGGGUAUUGCCGUGGACGAGAAGGAUCUGAUCCUGAAGUCUGAAGAGAACUCGAGGAAAUCCUUCUUAACGCGGAGUCAAAGCGACCGGUCGUUCAGUAAACCGGAGAUCUCGGCGGGUGACAUCCUGUUCUCGGAUACGAUGCGCCUCAGCCUUAGCAAGAAAAUGAAGGAGUCCUCGUCGCCAAUCAUCAUCGGCUCAUCGUCGCCCACGUGUGCAAUUUCGCGGGAGGAUAUUGCCGAGGAAAGCUCGCCGACAAGAAAAGGCGAGGCGGAAGAGCUCGAAGAAGAAACGGCCGGUAAGUCGUUUAAAGAGUCCGAGGCUAGAAAGAAUCUCGAGGAAAUUCCCGAGAAGACUGGCGACAAUGUCGAAAGGGAGACUGAACCGCCGCCAGACGCGCGCAGCGAUAUUUCCGACGUGAGCAACGAGCAUUUCCGUACGAUGAGGCCGACGAGCUGGUCUCCGCCACCCGGCAGGCAGAGGCAUCGCUUCAAGAUCGGCGACUCGACGGCGAGCGCGGAUCCGGACGAGAGUCCCGCCAACACGAUCAGGGAUCAUCGGCGAACGAUCUCCUCGGCGUCGACGACGUCGUGGAACUCGACGAGCUCUUACGGAUCCUCGAAGAUCGAAAUCAACUCGCCCGAGAGCAACGUCUGCAAGAUCACGGUGAGCCCGCGCUCGUCGCCGCUCGUGCAUCGGCUGCAGAUCGGUCCGGAUUCCGGCACGAAAGGCGCCAGGAGAACGUCCAUCCUUAUCAACGGCGAUCAAAAUGCAAACACGGAAGUGACGCCGGGUAACAAGGUGACUAUCAGCGUCGGCGGGGAGGACAGCGUGUGCAAUCCGACGGUGAUCUCCGUAAACUCGCAGGAUACGCCGAAAGUACAGAACUCCGUGGAGAAUCGCACGCUGGUGAUCCUCCAGAAUUACAAAUCGAACAUCGUGAUCGAGUCGCCGAAAGACGACUCGCGUUCCAAGCAGAUUGGAAAGGAUAAUCGCGCCGUCGAAAAUGGCGAGACGAACCUAAAGGCGAACGGCGAAAUGCCAGUAUCGUUCAGCGACGAUACCUCGUCGUCGUGUCGACACGCGGAACAACCGGCGACGAAUUUCGAGAAACAGAAGAGGCUGAGCGUUGAGAUUAAAUCUUCCAAUUCUAAUCAGUCUUCGAGAUUUUACGCGUCGGAUGAGAGAACGGCGCGACCGGAAUCCAAGACGCAGUUGAAGGACGUCGAAAAUCCCUCCAAACUGUCGGGCCUGUCCAAGGAGGCUCUGAUCUCUAAGCUGCUCGAAGAUUCCUUACGAAAGGCUCGUGAGAACGGCGAAAUUCUGGACGAGGACAGCGGCCAGGCCAUUUUGAAGAUCUUGAAGCAAAGUUUGCUGAAGAGCAAAGAGUACGAGAGCUCCGAGUCCACUCUGGAAGCGAAUUACUCGCGCUCGUCCAGUCUGAACUCCGAUGGCGAUUUCAUCUCGACGAAUCUCUUCCUCGAGGAAAAUCCAUACGAGGUGAUCAAGGAACCGAUCUACGAGGAGAUACCGGACGAGCCGCCGCCGUUACCCCUGAGUCCGCCCCCCACGGAGGAUUACAUCAAGGACAGAAUAUACUUCGGCGACGUCGAAUAUUACAAGAAGGUCACGCCGGGCCAAUUUCUCGGUCCCUAUUUGUCCGAGGAAGUUUUUAAGAAGUCCAACUCGGAGGAACUGGCGGAGACCUACUUGUCCAAGAGUCCCGAGAACUUCUUCAAGAAAAUGUCAACGUCCCCCGAGGAUGAGAAUAACAUCUCCACCAAGUUCGAAUUGUUGAACUUUCUAAUGGAUUCCAAGGAUCGCGCGCGGCCUGCGGAGGAGGACGAAGAUGAAGACGAGGACGAAGAGGACGACGCCGAAGGGGACCUAGAGGCUCUUUACGAGCAGAAGGAGACUAGCCUGGGCGAUCUCAGUUCCAAGAGUUCCCAGAUCUCCAACGUGUCCGACAGCAGCGAGGAGUGCAACAUUAUCAUGACGAGCUCACCAGAAACGUUGAAGUCGAGAACGGUCGAUAUAGAGAGAACCGACAGCGGAGUCGGCUCCGAGAGCAGCCAAGCCAGUAGCACUCGCUGUGUCGCGAGACGGUGGAGGACGGGCAACGUCUCUUCCGGGCCGGGAAGCCUCCUCGGCGGAAUGCCGCAGGUGAUUUCCGGAGCCACGAAGCUGUGUGAGGAUUGCGAGCAGCGGCUGGACCCUCUGAUAACAGACAGCGGUGUGGUUUAUGCGCCUUUCGUGUGCAGGAAGUGCUCGAAGAAACGCGCGGAACGGAAAGAGAUUAUCACGGAAAUCGUGGAAACCGAGCAGAAGUACGGCAGAGAUCUACAGAUCAUACUCGAGGAGUUCCACCGGCCGAUGCUAAGAGCGGGCCUUCUCACGUCGGAACAACUGUCGGCGAUCUUUUUGAACGUCGAGGAGUUACUCGAGCACAAUCUCGUUUUAGCUGAGAAACUGAAGGACAGCGUGGAACUUGCCCAGGUAUCCGGGGAUGAGGAUCUCUUGACCGUGGACGUAGGCAAAAUUUUCCUCGAGUCGGAAAGGAUGCUCCACGCUUUCGAGAGCUACUGCACGCGUCAAGGCGGCGCCAGUCUAUUACUACAAAAUUUAGAAAAGGAGAAGGAGCUUCUUCGUAUUUUCCUCAGGGUUUCUCAAAUGGAGAAUACGGUUUUGCGAAGGAUGAACUUGAACUCCUUUUUAAUGGUUCCUGUCCAAAGAGUUACGAAGUAUCCUCUGCUUCUGGCACGUUUGCUUAAAGCGACACCCUCUGUUCGACCUGACAUUCAAGAAGCGAAAAAGAGACUUAAACAAGCCCAAACGAAUAUCGAGCUACAUUUGGAACAUAUGAAUGCUGAGGCAAAGGAUGUUACGUCGACAAAAUUAUGGAGGAGAAUAUCCAUUAUUCAGAAUGGCAGACGCUCCAUUGGCGAGCAGGAUAUGGUGAAUAUUAAGUUGAGAAAGAUGGCUGUCGAAAUCUUAGAAUGGGCACACGAAGAAGCUAGGUUUGUUCUCGAAGGACGUCUUUUGGUAGCGCAGCCAACUGACAAUAAUUGGAGACGCGGUCGAACUGUUAAACUCGCGCCUGUUACUGCCAUGCUUGUCACAAAUGGCAAGCCGAAUACUGAUGAAUUUAACGACGACUCGCUCUUUCCAAAGCAUAUAGGUAUCAAGGAAGCUACUCUACUUCUGGUCAAAGAGAAACUCGGACGAUAUUCUCUACUACGAGAGCCGCUAUACCUCGAUAAAUGCAUAGUAUGUUGUGAAACGGAUCUCGAAGAUUAUUUCGAAAUACAGGAAUUGUCUUCUAAAGAGACGUUUAUAUUUAAGGCAGAGGACGGCGCGAGAACAAAAAGAUGGUGUCGAACGUUACAAGCUCAUGCGCAGUCUCUCGGUGCUUGGCGUAAACGUCGAGGGGCUCUUCCUAAUAUCAUGAUUUGCGGUGUAGCGAGGAACUAAUAAAGGCAUAGAUUUAAUAGGCGUACAUGUAACGCGAACAUUAUCGCAUUCGCUUAAUGCAUUUUUAAGCAAUACUGAAGUUCUUCCACAGUGCGAAGAAGUCAACGAUAAAUUCACGUUCAUGAUCUCCAGAUGAAUUGGUAAUGAUUUAUUGCGGAGAGAGAGCGCUAGACCAAAGGAUUUCCUCGGCUUGUUGACACGCAGCUGUCAACGAGCGACACGAAAGUCUAGUUCUUAUUGAAUUCGAGGUAUAACCGUUUGUGUUCGGUUGUGUUACAGUACGUUGCAGAAACUUGAGUUUCCUACGACCACUGUAAAAUAAAACGCUACGUGGCCUCGAGAGAGUCGUGCAUAAUUCCAUCGAUUCCUAAUAAAUAAGUUUAGGUAUACAUAAUAUAUAUGUCUAUAGGACUAUUUAAUAUUAAUGAUUAAACCUUUCAAAAAGAUGACGAGUAGCUGUGAUAUUGACCGGUGUAUUGGGUAUCGUUUUCUUCUCGCAGAUUAUUUACGGAUGUUAAAUACUUUAUCCGUCACAUUUUCCAUCUGCGAUUCUUUUUACCAAUAUCGCUUCUUGCGAAAAUGAUAUUAAUAUAGGGUAGAUUUUAUUAGAUUCGAGGUCAUAGGGUUCGCAGAUUAAUAGCAUCGAAAAAUUCGCGUGAAGCGUCAAGGAUACAGGGGUGUGUAUGUGUAUACAUCCCGUAUACGCGGCGUGCAUCGAAAACUUGUAAAAUUAGGAACUACACUUAUUUCCAUUCCUCCAAUAUUAUCUUCUUAUUCUUUCCCUCCAAAUAAUUAACAGUAUUUUUACUACGUCUAACAAAAGCAAAAUGCAAAUUGUGUACAUUGUACUAUAUUUUUAAUUAAGAAUUAAGCCAUACUGUGUAUGUAUAUAAAUGUAUAUUUACAGAUUCCUUCACACAGUUCUAACUGAAAUUAUAACGAAUUAAUGCUGCUGCAAUGCAACCUGCGAUUUAAUAAAACUGAAAUUUGAUGC